GCCCAGUCACUGAGCAGCAUGCUCCCUGUGUUGCUUCUCCUGCCCAGCCUCCUGGGGGCCGCGCUGGCCAGCCCCAUCCAGGGCCCCCAGGAGUGUGCACGGGGCGCGGCCACGUGGUGUCAGGACCUGCAGGCAGCAGUGCAGUGCGGGGCCGUGGGGCACUGCCGCGGCGCCGUCUGGGGCAAGCCCACCGCCAGGUCCCUGCCCUGCGACCUGUGCCAGGACGUGGUGGCCGCUGGCAGCAACGGGCUGAACCCCAACGCCACGGAGACUGACACCCUCGCUUUGGUGACAAAGACCUGUGAGUGGCUUCCCAGCCUUAACUCUUCGGCCAAAUGCAAGGAGAUGGCGGACGCCCACAGCUCGGUCCUCCUGUACAUACUGCGGGGGGACCCAGGCGGCGCCCCCGCCCAGGUGUGUGCUGCGCUCACCCUCUGCCGGCCACUGCAGAGGCCCCCGGCCACGCCGGGGUCGCUCUCCGAGGAGGACACGUCCGAGGCGGUGGCCCCAUUCAUGGCCAGUGGGCCCCCCAGCUUCCGCCCUCUGCAGCCUGAGGACACUGUGUGCCAGGACUGUAUCCAGCUGGUGUCCCGGCUCCAAGACGCCGUCGGGUCCAACAUGUCCAGCUUGGCAGAGGUGACCACGCAGGAGCAGUGCAAGUCCCUGGCCCCCGGCCUGGCUCUGCUGUGCAAGGAGUACACCCUCCGCUUCCUCGCCCCAGCGGAGCACAUGCUGAAGCUGGUCCUGCCCGAGGAGACAUGCGAGAGAGGGGGCUUCUGCGAGGCAAUGCCGGGGCCCGCCGCGACCGAGGUGCCGUCCCUAGACCCGGUGUCCCCCAGGGAGAGGAACCUGGUCCAGAUGAACACCGGCCUGACCUGCGACGUCUGCCUGCAAGUGAUCCAGGAGCUGGACCAGUGGCUGGACUCAGACAGCACGGAGGCCCUGAUCCGCCAGGGCCUGGAGCGCGUGUGCUCCGUGAUGCCCGCGUCCAUCGUGAGGCAGUGCGUCACCAUGGUGGACAUGUACAGCCCCACCCUGGUGCAGUUCGUGACCAGGGUCCCCCCAGAGAAGGUGUGCGGGGCCGUCCGGCUCUGCAGCCCCCCGCGGCGGGCCCGGGCCAUCCGCCAGCCCCACAGAAUCACCCUGCCGCCCCUGCUGGACACAGAGAACCAGGGACGCUUCUGCAACGGGUGCAAGCGGCUGCUGGGCGUGUCCUCCCAGAACCUGGAGCGCAAGACCACCAAGCGCAACAUCCUGAAGGCCUUCAAGGGCGGCUGCAGCAUUCUGCCGCUGCCCUACCUGAUCCAGUGCCACCGCUUCGUGGACGAGUACGAGCCUGUGCUCAUCGAGACCCUCAAGGAGGUACUGGACCCCGUCGGGCUGUGCACAAAGGUGGGCGCCUGCCAUGCCCCCAGGACCCCGCUGCUGGGCACCGACCAGUGCGUCAUGGGCCCGAGCUUCUGGUGCGCGAGCCAGGAGGCGGCGGAGAUGUGCAACGCCAUGGAGCACUGCCAGCGGCACAUGUGGAAGGUGGUGCCCUUCCUCGCCGGGGAGCCCGAGUGA